UGGUGUAAAACUGCGCGGAAGGGACUUUAACGGCGAGGAGCGCUGCGGCCAAUGGGCUGCCGGGGAGCGGCGGUUCCUGCGGGCUCGCGGGGUGCGGUGCCUUUUUGUGGCUGCACCGCUGGGAGAUGUCCAUGAGCCAGCCGCAGUCAGGACGAGGGGUGCCGUGUUUGCGCUGCAGAGGGACCUGUAUGGGCUUUGAGCCACAUUCCUGGAGGAAAAUAUGCAAGUCGUGCAAAUGCAGCCAGGAGGACCACUGCCUGAGCUCGGAUGUGGAGGACGACCGGAAAAUUGGCCGCCUGCUGUCAGACUCGAAGUAUGCCACACUCACUGCUCGUGUGAAAGGAGGGGACGGCGUUCGCAUCUACAAGAGGAACCGUAUGAUCAUCACCAACCCCAUCGUGUCGAGGAAAGACCCCACCUUCGACACCAUCACAUACGAGUGGGCUCCGCCGGGGCUCACCCAGAAGCUGGCCAUGCAGUACAUGGAGCUGAUCCCCAAGGAGAUGCAGCCGGUGGCAGGCACUGACGGUGCCCAUUACCGCCGGCGGCAGCUGGUGCGGCAGCUCCCGGUGCACGACCAUGACCCGUCACAGUGCCGCGGCCUGGCCGAGGGUGAGGUGAAGCUGAUGGAAGACUUUGUGAAGAAGUACAAGGCGGAGGCGCUGGGCGUUGGGGAGGUGGCCCUGCCGGGCCAGGCUGGCAAUGCAAAGCAGGAGGGCAAGGCAAAGGAUGCGGGCCCGGCAGCCGAAAAGCCCCCCGAGACCACGAACGGGGCCCUGGAGAGCACGGCCACUGCGGGGCUCUACCGCUGCGAGACCUGCAAGCAGGCGGUGCCGGAGGACUGCCCGGUGGUGUACGCAGACCGGGCGGGCUACACGCGGCUGUGGCACCCGGCCUGCUUCGUCUGCUGCCGCUGCGCCGAGCCCCUCGUCGACCUCAUCUACUUCUGGAAGAGCGGGGCUGCCUGGUGCGGGCGUCACUACUGCGAGAGCCUGCGGCCGCGCUGUGCCGGCUGCGACGAGAUCAUCUUCUCGGAGGAGUUUCAGCGGGCAGAGGGGAUGGCCUGGCAUAAGAAGCAUUUCGCCUGUCUGGAGUGCGAGACGCUGCUGAGUGGCAAAGCCUUCAGCCUGGACAAGGGCAGCCUGCGGUGCGCGACCUGCAGCCGGAGCAAGCGCCUCUGAGCCGCGCGGCUGCUGCACGUGCUUGAGGCCGAGCUGGAGAUGGGGUAAUUUGACAUGAAAAGUGGACAGUUAAAAAAAAAUGUAGAGUCUGGUUAUUCGCUUGCAAGCAACCAAGUACCCCUUUGCAUCCAAUAGAGAUUGAAGAAAGAAGUUUACUAGGGGAGGAAACAGGAGAAAUGUGUGUGCGUGUGGGGUGUGAUGUACCCACAGACCGUGUUAGAGGGCACUGAGGAGAGAUUUGUGUUGUUUUACAAAGUCUCUCAAAGCUUCUCAUGACUGACAUCUUGCAGUGUUCUUUCAGAAAUAACACAUCUCAAAAAUAUUUUUUGGCACACUAAACCUAUGGUCAUGGUUAGAAACAAGGGUUGCUUUUAUUUUCUGAAAUCCAUACUGGAAAUCUCGCACUAACAAUGAUGACAACUGUACUAAAUCAAUGGUUUUGAACAAAUUGAUUAACCCGAGUGAUUACUUUCUGAAAGCACACUAUAUAGAAUUGCAGUAACAUGUAGCUGUAGCUUUCUCCAAUGUGUACAAUAAUGUAAAAGCAAGUAACAAGAUGGCACACAGAGCGAUUGGUUGAACCUUAGUGAGACGGAGCCAUGCAGAUCCCCCCGAGGGCAGGCGAGUGCUGGGCAGCCAACUAAUUCCGCCAGUCUGGGUUUUAGCCGUGGAGCUGGAAUGCAAACACUUCUGGCAGUUCUCACCCAACCCCUGUUCCCAGUUUUAUCUUGCUUGCCUCCUACCGUCUGUUAUUUCAAGGGAGUGUUUGCACAGAGAGGCAUUGUGCUCCUGCCAUACACUGGAGGUAGUUAAGCAUUUAAAGUAUGGAACUUUUUCAGCUGUUUUUUGAGCAGGAGUUUUAUGGAAAACAGCUUUCCAGCCUAAUCUGUCCUGUUGGCUUUUUGGUGCCUGAAAUGCUGCAGCACCAGUUUUUCCCCCAUAGUAUGUCAGUGACUCCAUCCAGCAGGGGUGAACACACUGAGCGAGGUCAGCCCUGUGCUCCAGGUCUUGUUGGGGUGACAUCGUUCCAGGAUCUGCACUAAAUCUCUGCUGCUGAUGUUCAUUUCCUAAGUCAUGCAACGCUUACAUUAGUCACAGAAAAUGCCAAUGAGGCCAGGCUGGCCAACGCUGGUGUGCUCAGUCAUUUUUCUUAUACUAAAUGUCUACAUUCUUUGCCAGAAACAACUGGAAUAUUUUUUUGCAGAGAUGUGUGUAAGGAGCUCACAAUUGCUAGGUUUUCCUUCUACUGCGGAAAUUGCUGGUCUCUCUUUAAAGUCCACUCCAUGCUCUCCAUGGAUCUUCUUUAUGACUGAGCAACUUGCCAGUGGGUGUUGGUAGAAGCUGUGCCUGCCAUUGCAUACAAGUCACAGGGAUGCUGUGCCCCACCAUGGGAGGAGCAGAGUUGGUCACUGUUUUAGGGCAGUUGAGAGAGAUGUGAUGUAAGACACCUCCAUAUGCUUGUAGCCACAAGCCACCAGAGGAUGCCUUGAUUUGAGUUUGAAGUUGUGCUAGGAGGAAUAAUAAAGCUUCCUUGGAUCAGCCUUACAUACAGGCACUUCAGUUAUAAGCAAAGUGGAACUGAAAAAUAAAACCCAGUGCUUAGCUUUAUUGCCUCUUCUUCGUUUUGUUACAUGGAAAUGGCCAAUCUUUGUAAAUUAUUUUUAAAGACGUGGCAUAGUUCUAAACCCUACAGUGUUAAGGCAGCCAAAAACGCAUACGCUCAGUGUAAGCAGUGAGAGAAAUAGCAUGAAUCACUUAGGAAAGAAACAUUUCAGCAAAGACAUUAACAUCCAAACAGCAUUCCUUGAUGGGAACUCAUUGUCCAUGUACACGUGCAGCCAGUUACCUCUUAGAGUGAUUUCCCUGUGAGAUAGGGCACAGCAUUACACAGUAGGCACAGCCAUUACACACCUUCGGAACAGCAACAAAUCAAGUGCAAGAAAAAUCAAUAAAACAUCCAGUUAUUAAAGGUGAAAGAAAAUUAACCAAAUAACUACUGCCAACAGGCUGCUGUGGCCUCUCACUGGGUGUGUUUUGCCCUGUUUUGUUUUGCCUUGGUUGGCUGCGUUGUCCUUGCCAUGUGUUUGUGUUGCAAUGAACAGAGAAGGGGGUAAGCCCGUCCUCAGGGGGCUCUGGGGUGUUUCUUCAGCAGCAUGGUGUGCUCAGGGAUCCUCAAAGUGCUUCUCCAGGGCUGCUCCUCAUCCCCACGUGCUGGGCAGAGGGGGCUGUCUGUCCACCCCAUCACAGUUAAAAGAAUUGUAGAGGCUUGGGUGGAGGUUCUGGCUGUGUUGGCUUUAGAGGAAUGUGGGUGGUGGGUAAAUGUCAACGCAGAGGAAUUUGGGGAGGCCAGGCUUUCCCAGAUGGAUGCCAAGUGGGCAUCUGUCUCCUCACAGUAUUUGGGUAAAUGAAGCUGCUGUCUUACUGCUGCAUCUGGUCUUGCUUGUUCUGUAAUGGAAUCAAAGGCUCCGCUCUUUGCGUUGUCCUGGCUUCACAUCCAUCUUGCAGAUAAAGACUGUCCUCAACACAAGUGCCUUAGUCGUGAGUUUAUCUUGCUGGGUUCUGAUCAUAGUCCAUACCUGGUAGCAUCAACUUCAUUUGCAUUCUGCAUUAAUGCAAUCUUCCAUAGCUAACAGCUUUAUUUCAUUACUUGGAAAAAAAGACACCACUGCAGCAUGUGCUGGUUUGGACCUUGAUUUCGUGAUUUAUAACUUGUAAUUCAGUGUAGUCCCACUGUCAGCAUAUACAUGCCUGCUUCAGGCUUUUGGGACUGCUGGCGUCCACUUGAGCCUUUUUAGGCAUUUCUAUAGCUUGUAAAAUACUGCCUGCUGAAAAAUGUAUUGCAGUUAAACUGCUUAGCAAAAUCCUGUGCCUCUCAAGUGUCAGGAGCAGAAGCGUGAAAUUAAUGCAUCUAGCAGCUCAAACCAUAUGUGAGUCUUUAGUUUUGAUAGUAAAAUUGAAAUUCGGUGUAGGCAUGAGAAGGUGUUCACCUGGGUGAGGAUGCUGCGUUGUCGCUGGGUUUAUCAGCUGGAACGAAAGAGGCUGCUGCACACCUCCUGCAUGCCAUGAGCUCCAGUUAUUAAGAAAGCCAAAUCUGUGCAGAUUUGCUGGCCUGUCUGGCCAAAAGUCAUCGGCAGGCAGCACACUGAGCAUCCUGCCAGAAAACUGAUAGAAACAGAAGUGUCUCACAAGGUUACAGUGUAUGGCAGGAAUUGCCCUCAGGCAGACUGUGUUGUGUGACAACUAAAAGCACCUUGUGCCACAGCUGUUUCCAGUCCAUUGUUUCAAAUAAAAGCUCCUCUGUUGAGAA